AAUAACAACACACUCAUUUCUCAGUUUUGCAGACCUCGAAUCUUAUAUUUUCCUUCCUCGUUCUUUCCAUUCCAAAAGCAGCUAAAACCCAUAAACUCAAAUUCCCAGAUCUUUCUUUCUCUCUUCUUCCCCUUCCAGAGGCUUCUGUAAGUCUAUAAUUGAUGGAUGUGGAUGAAGGGAGUACCUCUGGAGCUUCGAUAGGUGCCCAAUCAACUCAAUCGAAUUCGAGACCACAUAAAGCUAUAUAUCAGUUUACACAGCAGAGUCUUCCAGCAUGUAAACCUGUCCUCACCCCAGCAUGGGUUAUUGGCACCUUUUUGGUGAUGGGUAUUGUUUUCAUUCCUACUGGUUUCAUUACUCUCCGAACAUCCCGCAAAGUUGUUGAAAUUGUGGACCAUUACGAUACAGAAUGCAUACCUGAGUCAUUUAGAAGCAAUAAGGUCGCAUAUAUGAAAGAUAGCUCAAUUCACAAGAAUUGUUCUCGGUUUUUGAAGAUCGAGAAGCAUAUGAAGGCUCCAAUCCAUAUCUACUACCAACUUGAUAACUACUAUCAAAACCACCGAAGAUACGUCAAAAGUAGAAGUGAUCAGCAACUCUUACAUGGACUUCAGUACAAUGACACAAGUUCCUGUCAGCCUGAAGAGUUCAAUAAUGGCCUUCCGAUUGUUCCUUGUGGCCUAAUAGCUUGGAGUUUGUUCAAUGAUACGUAUAAAUUCAUUCGUGGGAGAUCGGAAUUAAAGGUUAAUAGGAAGAACAUUGCAUGGAAGAGCGACCGAGAUCACAAAUUCGGGAAGCAUGUAUAUCCCUUCAAUUUUCAGAAUGGAACCUUGAUUGGUGGCAAAAGAUUAGAUCCGACUGUUCCUCUAAGUGAUCAAGAAGAUCUCAUAGUAUGGAUGCGUACCGCUGCUCUCCCCAGCUUCCGGAAAUUGUACGGUAGAAUUGAAGAGGAUUUGGAAGCAGAUGAUGUCGUAGUAGUCAAGUUGAUGAAUAAUUACAACACUCACAGUUUUGGAGGAAAGAAAAAGCUUAUCCUUUCAACAUCGAGCUGGUUAGGAGGAAAGAAUGAUUUCCUCGGGGCGGCCUACAUUUUUGUGGGUACAUCUUGCAUAUUCAUCUCUCUCGUCUUCUUAUUGCUACAUAUGAAAAAUCCAAGGCCUUAUGGGGAGAUUUCUUAUCUCUCUUGGAAUAAGAAAAGUAUUUCCAGUUGACAAGGAGAUUUUAUGCUCUGUAAAAUUCUAACCAAGAUGGUUCAAUUUCAUCUACAACUAUUGCUGGGUUCUUAUAGGUUUCUGUUAAUAUUGUGAGAACAUGUAAGAAAAAAGAAGGGAGAAGUUCUGUUACGGAGAAGGAAUGAAAAAGCCUUGUUGCGUUUUGCACACAAUGUACAAGUAUAAUUAUAUAUUUGAUUCAUUAUUAUUGUUGUUA